CUGGACGGACUGUCGGACGAACCGCGCAGCGGACGGCCUCGAGCGGUUACCGAUGACCACGUGGAGCGUGUGAUUACGCUGACGCUGGAGACCACCCCCAAGGACGCGACCCACUGGAGCACCCGGUCCAUGGCCCAGCGCAGCGGGCUGAGCCACAACACGGUCAGCCGCAUCUGGCGAGCCUUCGGAUUGCAGCCCCACCGCACGGAGACCUUCAAGCUGUCGGCAGACCCCUUCUUCAUCGAGAAGGUCAGGGACGUUGUGGGGCUAUACCUCAACCCACCACCGGAUCGGGCGUUGGUCCUGUGCGUGGACGAGAAGUCCCAGAUCCAGGCGUUGGAUCGCACCCGUCCGCUAUUGCCCAUGCGCCCGGGACAGGUGGAACGGCGCACCCAUGAUUAUCUGCGUCACGGCACCACUUCGCUGUUCGCCGCCUUGGACACCGCAGUACCGGCAAGGUGA